UGAACGCGCGGUGAUUGCGGCAGGUGUGUGUUGCAGGUGAGGUGGUGCGUUCAGAGGUUACAAGUAUCCGCAGCGCUGCUCUCCAGUAGAACCUCUGCUCAUGUGCUGUACGUCAGCGGGCCCUCAGCCAUGUUCUCCUCGUGUGACCUCUGAUCCGGUCGCACCCAUGAAACAUGUGGACAGCGCUGAACCUCUCCGCCUCCGAUGACUCCAACCUGACCGGCGCGGACCCUCGGAGGCCGCAGGAGCUGGACCACCGCUCCCUCAAGGUGAGCAUCAUCGUGGCGCUGGGUGUGAUGAUCACGCUGGGGAACGUCGCGGUUCUCCUGGUCAUCACCUCCUCCGUGGCCGGGUGGUCGAGGAACUCCCGGUACCUGCUGCUCUCCCUCACCGCGGCGGACUCCGCGUUCGCCCUGCUGGUCAUGCCCCUGAACCUGUGGGUGAGCCUGCUGAAGGACUACACCGAGGGGCCCGACGUGCUCUGUCACCUCGUGGCCUUCUGCAACGCCACCGUGUACUCCACCUGCAUGUACACCCUGGCCACCAUCAGCCUGGAGCGCUACGUGGCGGUGCUGUACCCGCUGCAGUACUCGACCCUGCUGACCCGGAGGAGGACGCUGCUCCUGAUCGCCUUCGCCUGGGGCUUCCCUCCCUGCCUGCUGUCCCCCAUCACCUUCCCCGACAGCAUUAUCGAGGUGCACUUCUCCGCCGCCUCGCUCGUCUGCAACCCGUCCUACUCCACCAACGUGGGCUACUCCCUCAGUUUGACCUGCUUCAUAUUCUUCCCCUGCUCCAUCGUCAUGACGUACGCCAACCUGAGAGUGUGGUGCGCCGCGAAGAUGCAGCGACUCAAGCUGCGCCAGUACGACUGUGCGCGUCGCGGCAGACACAACGUGGCCUCCAGGGUGCUCGUGCCCGUGAUGGCAGCUUACUACGCCUGUUGGACACCGUGCAUGGCGGUUAUGAUCUACAAUGCAGUGACAGGUAGCACUGUACCGGAGUGGGUCGAGUUUGUGGUUGUCUGGCUGCCAACCUCCAACGGCUUCCUCAACUGCAUCUUCUACUUCUGGAUAAACCGAAGCUUCCGCAGGAAAUUCCACCUCGUCCUCCAGAGGCUGACUCUGGCCCUAUGCCCCAAACUGGCUGACGCUCUGGGAUGCUGCAGCGCCGCUGAGACGCAGUUUGUGUCAGGGAUUAUGGAUAAUAACAACUCUGUCCAUGAACGCUCUGCCAGUGUGUCCUCCACCUGCACCCUGUUAUCAUUAGGCUAGGAUGGCCGCACCACUGGUAUGGUAAAUGAUGCUGAUGAUGAUCGUCUUAUCGUGUCUGGCUGGUCAACGUACACCAAGUUAUUGAUAUAUUCUUACACAAGGUAUCAUGGGUAAUUGCAAUGUCAAUGGAUUGAUACAAUGGCUAUGAUUGGAAGUAUUUGAAAUAAUCACUGUACAGUCUCAUUUGAUUAAUAUAGAUUUUUGUAUAACUGUUAUAACUGUUCUUUUUAUUUUUUAUGAGUUUUCAGUCUAAGAACAGUGUUCAGUUGACGGGAACAUUUAAUUUAAAAACUACUAAGUUUAUAACUUAUUUGGAUUUUUUCUUUUUCUUUUACUCAUGCCCACAGUGUUGCCAAGAUUUGAUUUACUAUCAGAGAUGGCCUCUUAAACCACCUUUUACUUGUUUUAGCCACAAACCUUGUCUUUGCCCCAGAAAUACCUCCCCAUAUUCUGCGUACAGAUAAAUAAUAAUUAUUUUAAAAUUGUCCGCGUAGUUUGACUUGUUGCUGUGAUCAACAUAUUUCACUUCAAACAUUUGAGGUCGGUCUAUUAGCACAUUACCAUAAACUGAUAUUUAGACUUCCAUUCAUUCGAGACAUUUGUGAACUAACAUCAAUGUCCGAUUACAGCACUUUGAAGGAUUGAGGCCUUCUACCUCCCCUUUAAUUCAAACUGUGCUGAAGACCUUGGCAUAUUACAGUUGGGAGAAGUUAACCUUUAAGUCAUGUCCUUCCAGUGUAUGCAAGGAGAAAAGUAAUUAAGCAGCUACACUGUAGAAAGGUCACCAUAUUUGUGCUGACAAGAGAUGACUUGGAUAAGUUCUGAGGUUGUGGCUGUUUAUUUAGAGAUAAUAACCCCAUGAUCCUCUUCUUGACAACGGCUACCACAAGAUGGAUUCAGCUUGGCAGUGCCCAUGUCGUUUUUGUCUGGACCGAGUUUACUGUAGUGGUGCAGGUUGAUAUGGAUGUGAAGUUGAGAGUUUAUGAUUUUCUAGGAAUUUUCACAAGGAACAGAAAUUCCAAACCAUUUUAUAGAUGUUAUUUUAGCCUUUAGGUUGCAGCUCGGUGUCCUGAUCAUGAAAAGCAUGCCUUCUGUAUGAAUUAUUAAAAUGUGUUGAGCACCAGAUAAUAUCUGUCACUGAAUUACAAGAGGAAAAUGAUGAUCUUUGCAUGUAUAUAUUUUGUUAAUUUUCUAAAUUCCUAAUAUAAUGAAUGAAAAAAUAAUGUAUAAUGUAUCAGUUUACGGAUUUAUAAAAUAAAGCAUUGUGCCUUUGAA